UAGGUAUCCUGGAUACAUUUUUGCAUCAUGCAGGAGGCAGUUGACACCGCUGUGCCCGCUUUAGGUCUGCCCAUGGGGACCGGAGAGUUCACCGAGCAGCAGAUGGGACUCGCCAACAAGAUCCCGUUAGUGAAGCCCUACUUCAAAAAGAAACACGCACAGAGAAAACUGGACACAAAAUGCUUACGUGCUUUAGAGGACCCUAUUUUGAGCACGUUAUUAAACUCAGACGCACUUGUGUCAGGGGAUGGAGUGUUUGUUCUGCGUAACCCAGCUCGACCACAGCAGAAUAUAUGCACCGCCGCCAUAGAGAAGCAGGCGAGGAUUAGUCAGGUGUGCCUGAAGGAGGAGGAUGAGAGCACGGUCGCGGAUGUGGGCGUGAGCGAGCUCGCGGGGGAACAAAAGGUGUUGGAUAUUCAGCGGGUGUCAAUAGAGGCUAAUGAGCAACGCUUCCAGCCCCAGGAGCGCAACGAGGCGGCGCCCUCCUCCGACGUUUCAGGGUCGAAGUUAAAUGACAUCUACACCACUGAGACUUUGCAGGGUGCAAAUUGCCUCGCCAUCAAAGAGGGCGAGAUCUUUCAGGAUAAAAGUGAGGAGGCCUCUUUGGAUCUAGUGUUUGAACUCCUGACCCAGCUCCAGUAUCACACGCAUCAAGCGGACGCUGUAUCGAUCUGUGUGGAUUUCCUCCAGGGCGUUUGCGUCUAUGGCAGUGACUGUUCCCAGCAUCACACCGUUCUACCUUACCACUGGCAAAUCCGCAGAGCAGAUACGCAGAUCUGGCAGAGCAUAUCGGAUGACUCUCAAGAACAACUGGAAAGGCUUUAUUGCAACCCUGACAAUGAACAUGUCAGACUUAAGUUUCUGUAAGUGCUUCUGGUUUUGCCCUGUGGGUUAAUGCCACUUUUCAUUGAAACCUCUUGAGCAGUUUCAAUCAUUUAUGCUUUACCCGAGUACAGCUAAGCUGAGCUUGCAGUUCAAUGAGAAAACAGAAAAAAAAUGGUGCAAGGGAGGGACUGGUAUGAUGCCCUACUGAAAAAAAAAAACGGCCUAAACCUGUCUGGUUGACUGUUCUUAUCUGGUUUAGUUGACCAGCCAGCUGGUCUCCCAGCCUGAUCUGCUAAAAGUGACCCAAACCAUUCUACAACCAGAGAGACCAGCAAACCAGCUUAGGCUGUUGCUUUUCAGGCGUAUUGUUGGAGACACCUAGUUGAAGUAAAAGAGUGCAGUACAUGACAGGAAGUUGCCUUGUAUGUAGGAGCGUGUGUUGUGGAUGAGGUAUAUGUGACUAAGAGAUUGCUUCUUUCCCAUAAGCCUUCCGUUGGCUGGCCUGACGUGUGGAAGCGUACUGACAGCUGUGAGCCGUGAACUUGCUCGACCCGCCUCUGCUUAGUUUGGUCAAACGCACACACAUACACGCGCACGCUCCCACUCACUGCGGCUUGCGCUCAGGCAGUCACACGCACUUGUCGCACAGACAGAGAAGGGCUCACACGCACAGUUGCUCACAAACACGCAAAUAAAUUAGCUUUAGGGACCUACGCAAUUAUGCACAUUGCACACGCUCACCCACCCACACUUGCUGUCAUGCACGCACACAUUUAUGCUCUGUAAAUUCCUUUUUUAAUUUUAUUAUAUUGAUCAUUUACACACACAAACACAAACAUUCUUAGACCUACCAAUCAUACACUCCAUUGCCACAAUUUAUAUCCCUGAGAUGCAAACAUGGUGGCUUGACCCAGCAGGAAUUUUUUUUUUUGCCUAAACAAAAGGGCCCUUUUGUUUGUGAGAGUCUUGUUUAGGUCCCAAGCCUGAUCUGUAUGCAAAAGUGGUUUGCAAAAGGAAGUGCACUUGGUCAUGACAAAGCAAAAGAGACAGUGAUUUUUAAUGCUCACCAUGACACAGCUCCUGGCUGCUUCUUCCUUGAAGAUAGCAUUGUCGAUUUGUCAUGGAAAUUCUGCUGCGGGACAGCCGACUAUUUAGGGGGUCUUUGUCUACAGAGUUUAAUAGACAGAAUGGCUACGUAACUGUCUCUGUUGGCCAGUUUAGCCCAUUUGCUCUCAGAACUGUGGCUCACAGUGACCUGUUUCAUGUUAAUAGCUAAAGCCGACCAUUAACCUCCUGCUGACUUUGGUAGUUCAGGGGUAAAGUGAGACCCACAGAGCCUGUA